AUGGAGCUUCGUAAAGGCACCUGCUCAAGCUUGGAAGCUGGGGCCUGGCCGGUACAACCUUUUGGUGCCACCCUGGCCCUACUCUCCAUGGUUCCAAUAGUGUUUUGUCAAACUGGGCUUUCACUGGACGUGCCAAUCGACUUUGUGGAUGUUGGUGAUUAUUCCUACAAAGUACCGAUGAUCCGUCCCACUACCUUCUUCCAAUAUCUCGCCGACGCUGAUCGUAUCAACGUGCUCUGGGGUGAGCACGAUGCAUCGAUCCUGGCAGAAUUCUGGAGGCGGUACAGGGAGGUGGAGCCCGACAACACAGUUUUCGCCGCCUUCCAGGACCACGACCUCGAGAUCGUCGCAGACCGGACAAUCCCCGUCUACUGUCAUGGAGACGAAGGCCGGGGGAAGCGGCGAAAACCUGUCAUGGUGUGGAACACGCACGGAGCCAUCGGCCGAGGCACCCGUCCGUUCCUGGCUCGCCAUGGCAGCCUGCCAACCAUGCGGAAGCGGAAGAUGGGAGUGAACCUUCUGGGGCACUCCAUGGGGAAUCGUUACCUGAACUUCGUGCUGCCCAAGCGACUGUACGGUGACGAUUCUGAGUGCUUCUUCCGCAUGGUGCAGGAGAUGGGUCGUGAGUACAACCUGCUGCAGACACGUGGCUUUCAAUACCGAGGCCAAACGUGGUGGGUUGUCGUUCUGGGAUGCUUGGGAGAUCUGGUUUUUUUCUCGAAAGUGGCUUCGCUGACCCGGUCCUUCACUCGUGGGCCAAAGAAAGUUGGACAGGUGCAACAGGGCGUCUGCUUCCUGUGCAAUGCAGGAUGCCCCAACGUGCCCUUCGAGGACUGCAACACGAAUGCAGCCUGGACCAACACAAUGGGGGAUCCUCCAUGGAAUGAGGAGCCCAGUCUUCUGCAACUGGUACACCAUGUUCCAAACUUGCAGGCCUCUUUCUUCAAGCUGGAUGUUUGGCACUGCCUACACCUGGGACUGGGCAGAAACUUCGUUUCAAGCGUGGUGGCAGAAAUAUUGCACCGGUUUCCUGGCUCCAAUGUUGAAGCCCGCUUUGCUGCGCUGGAUGCUGAUAUUCAGUCCUUCGUCAGGGGACGGGGUACCCGGUUGCACUUUGGCCACGUCAACAAGGAUGUCAUGGGGUAUGAAAGUUGGGCAAAAGUGCCCCAAGGUGCCUGGCAGAAAGCUGCUGACACAACCCUGCUGUUGCUCUACCUUCAACAUUGGUUCGAAGAGCACUUGAGUUGGGUUGCUUCGUGCCCGAUCCUGAAGCAGGCCUACUGCGCAUGUGCGAACAUCAACCUCUGUUUCGAUGUUUGCUACAAAGCGGGCUUGUGGAUGAGCCGAUUGGAGUCCACCACAGCAGCCCGGGGCGGUCGACGGUUUUUGGUCUCUUAUCAAUACCUGGCCUAUCUGACGCUGGGCACCGGGCGUGAUCGCUUCACGGUCACGCCCAAAUUCCACUACCUGGACCAUAUCUUCAGGGAGCUGGAGCGACAAGGAAUGACCCUGGACUGGUCGCUCAACAUACUGAGCACCUCAGUUCAGGCCGACGAGGAAUCCUGGCUACUUUUCGGUAAUUUUAUAGAGUCUUAG